AUGUCCACCGCCGCGGCUCAGGCCAACGGCCACCGCGCUUCCACCUCCACCGACUCGCCCAUUGUUGCCUCGGCUUCCAGCACCCAGACCGCCUCUAAAAUCUCCCCCAGCGAUGUCGGAUGGCAGUUUGUCCCCCAGUACUAUAACUUUGUGAACAAGCAGCCCCACCGUCUCCACUGCUUCUACAACAAGCGGUCGACCUUUGUCCACGGCGAGGAGGGUGACGAUGUCACUCCCGCCCUUGGUCAGCAGGAGAUUCACGAGCGUAUCGUCAACAUUGGCUUUGACCAGGCCAAGGUCUACAUCAACUCGAUCGACUCGCAGUCGUCGGCCGGUGGCGGCAUCAUCAUCCAGGUCCUCGGCGAGCUGUCCAACGCCAACAAGCCUUGGCGCAAGUUUGUCCAGACCUUCUUCCUUGCCGAGCAGCCCAACGGCUACUUCGUCCUCAACGACAUCUUCCGCUACCUCAAGGAGGAGACCGACGACGAGCUCGAGGUCCAGGACGACGCUACUGUCGUGACCGCCGCCCCCGGCGCCCAGGCCGAGCAGGCCCACGCCGCCGCUGCCCCCCAGGCCGCCGUUGCCGUCGAGGACGAGACUCCCGCCACCCCGGAGCCCGAGGCUCAGCCUGAGGCGGAGGCCGAGGUUGAGGCUGCCGUUGUCGAGCCCGUUGUUGCCGCUCCCGUCGAGGAGACCCCCGUCGAGGAGGUCAAGGAGGCCGAGCCCGAAGUCGUCGCCACCCCCGAGCCCGUUGUUGCCGCUCCCGAGCCUGUCGCCGCCGUCGAGGAGCCCAAGGCUGCACCCACCCCUUCCCCUGUCCCCACCCCUGCUGAGAAGCCCGCCACCCCUGCUCCCAACGGUGCUGCCCCUGUUGCUGCUCCUGUUGCCGCUGCCCCCGCCCCGGCUCCCGCUGCUCCCGCCAAGCCCAAGUCGUGGGCCUCGCUCGCCGCCGGCGGCAAGGCCUGGGGUGCCGUCGCCGCUGCCCCUGCCCCCGUCGCUGCGGCUGCUGUUGUUGCUCCUGCUCCCAAGAAGGUCGAGCCCACCCCCGCGCCUGCCCCCGUCCCUGCUGCUGUUCCCGCUCCUACCCCGGCUGCGGCCGCCCCCGCUGCCGCUCCAGCUUCGACCCCGGCUGCGUCGUCGGGCCCCCGCCACGCCUUCUACGAGAACGCCAUGAAGGUCCAGACCGCCCACUGCUUUGUCAAGCUUCCCAACUGGUCGCAGGAUGCUCAGCAGUCUGGCGAGACCAUGGACGAGCAGACUCUUCGCAACAUUGCCUCGCGUUUCGGCGACGUCCACAAGGUCGAGAUUGUCAAGGGCAAGGCCUGCGCGUUUGUCGAGUUCACCAAGGUCGAGUCGGCUCGCAAGGCCAUUGUCGCCUCGCUCGGCACCAACCACGGCGGCGAGGGCGGCAUCAUCAUCGAGGGCGGCAGGCUCAACUUUGAGACCCGCAAGGAGAAGGACGAGCGUGGACCCAAGGGCCGCCGUGGCGGCGCCCCCGAGGCCGGCGGCGCUCGCACCGGCGGAGCCCGUCCCCAGGGCGGUCGCGAGGAGGGUUCCGGCACGGCCCAGCGCGGCUCCAACGCCGCCCGUGGCGGCCGUGGCCGUCCCCGCGGCGGCGCCAACAACGCCGGCUCGGACCGUCCUGCUGCCAAGUAA